CGAUCAGAAUAAAAGAUUCCUCGCAAUUUCUUCCAAUUUCGUAAAGCUACCCUCCAUUUUCUUCUUUAAAAAACUUUCAGGGUUACAGUUUCAUUAGUAAGAGAACAGGAAAAAAGCGCCAAAACAAUUAAAAGAUUUAGGAGGAGAAAUAUUCUUUGCGGCUUUCUGGUGAUCCCAAUUGUUUACAUAUAAUUACCAAAUUCAGAGAUUUUAAGAAUUAAGUGAUUCUUGAUUGAUCAAAACAUUUAAUUUAGCUUUAGACCAUUGUUAGAGUAUCUGGGGAGUUCCGUAACUCCUUGCUUAUUACAAUGGCUGUCUUGGAAACAUGUUAACUUUGUCCUUUUACAAUGUUUAUCUUUUCCUGCAGAUUUAGGAGGAGAAAUAUUCUGUCUCCUUUCAAAUGGCUCAAGAUACUAAUCAUGGGAUUGAGUCACCUAGGCGACGUUCUGGGCUCCUGAGAGAUCAGGUCCAACUGGUUAAAAAGAAAGAUUCUGAUCGAUAUGAGAUUGCACCAAUUGAAGAUACAUUGGCAUUUGAGAAAGGUUUCUUCGUCGUAAUCCGUGCAUGCCAGUUGUUGGCUCAAAAGAAUGAUGGAAUAAUAUUGGUAGGUGUAGCGGGCCCAUCUGGAGCUGGAAAGACUGUGUUCACUGAGAAGGUGCUAAACUUUAUGCCCAGCAUCGCUGUCAUCACAAUGGAUAAUUACAAUGAUGCUAGUCGGAUAAUAGAUGGCAACUUUGAUGACCCACGAUUGACGGAUUAUGACACUCUACUCGAUAAUAUACAUGGUUUGAAAGCAGGGAAGGCUGUCCAGGUUCCAAUAUACGACUUCAAGACUAGCUCUCGUGUAGGUUACAGGACAGUAGAAGUCCCUAGUUCCCGCAUUGUGAUCAUUGAAGGCAUCUAUGCCUUAAGUGAGAGACUGCGACCAUUGCUAGAUCUUCGUGUAUCUAUCACUGGUGGAGUUCACUUUGACCUUGUCAAACGUGUCUUACGGGACAUUCAACGUGCUGGACAAGAGCCUGAGGAAAUAAUUCACCAAAUCUCUGAGACGGUUUAUCCCAUGUACAAGGCCUUUAUUGAGCCUGACCUCCAGACAGCUCAUAUUAAAAUAAUUAACAAGUUUAAUCCGUUUACUGGAUUUCAGAGCCCUACUUAUAUUCUGAAGUCUGCAAGAUCAGUUACAUUAGAACAAAUCAAGGCUGUUAUGUCUGAAGAGUACACUGAAAGAAACGAGGAGACUUAUGAUAUAUAUCUUCUGCCACCUGGUGAAGAUCCUGAAGCAUGUCAAUCAUAUCUGAGGAUGAGGAACAGGGAUGGACAGUAUAAUCUCAUGUUUGAGGAAUGGGUUACAGACAGUCCAUUCAUAAUCUCACCUAGAAUAACUUUCGAAGUUAGUGUUCGCCUUCUGGGAGGGCUGAUGGCUUUGGGGUACACAAUUGCAGCCAUCCUAAAAAGAAGCAGCCAUGUCUUCUUUGACAACAGGGUGUGUGUGAAAACUGACUGGUUAGAGCAACUUAAUCGCCAAUAUGUUCAGGUGCAAGGUAGAGAUCGUUUGUAUGUUAAAUAUGUGGCGGAGCAGCUAGGCUUGGAUGGUUCAUAUGUUCCUCGUACUUACAUAGAACAGAUCCAACUUGAGAAGCUUGUCAACGAUGUUAUGGCCUUGCCAGAUGAUUUGAAGACAAAGCUCAGCAUAGACGAUGAUUUGGUUUCUAGCCCUAAAGAAGCCCUUUCUCGAGCUUCCGCAGAUAGGAGAAACAAGUAUCUGAGCCGUAGCGUAUCACUCUCAUAUGCAAAUCAACGGGAAAAGAAUCUGUCCAAGUUGACAAGACUUGCUGUUAACAAUAGAAGGUUUGAUGGAAGAACUCCAGAGUCACCUGCCACACUUGCAAACCAGGGUGUUGUUACUCAACUCUCUGAACAGAUUGCCACACUGAAUGAGAGGAUGGAUGAAUUCACAUCUCGGAUUGAGGAGUUGAAUUCCAAGUUCACUGUCAGAAAAGUUUCAGCUAGCCAACAAAACUUGGCAAUGCAGGCAGAAGCUUGCAAUGGCUCUGGACCAACUUCUGCAUUUGUUAAUGGCUUGGCUAAUGGCUCACUAACUGGAUCUUUGCUACCAACUUCUUCAUCUUCAUCGCAAUUGGCUAGGGAGUCACCACUGAUGGAAGAGAUUGUACUAAUCGCUAGGGGGCAACGCCAAAUCAUGCACCAGUUGGAUAAUCUGAGCAAUUUUCUGCAUGAACACUGGGGAGGAAGAGCUCGCCAAGAGCGAACAGACAGGAUAAACAGAGCCAUAGAUGUUGAUUCCAUUGCGCUGCCUCUUAUUGUAACAUUAGCAAUUGGUGGUUUAGGUGCGUUUUUGUUUAGGGGAUUUGCAUCCCAAAAAUGAUUUGUAUUUCAGGCAGCAUAUUAUAUUACAUGUUGUUGUUGGUUCUAACCUUGUUACCCAAAUGGAAAGCCGGUGCUAUUUGCUGGUCGAUAUUGUAAAUAUGGAAUAUUCAAUCUUCAAGUUCAGAAUAACGGGUUCCACUGUGAGUGUCAAUGCGAAGUUAAAUAUUCAUUCCAGGCUUGAUUAAGAUUUAUCCCCCAUUUUCAUAUUGUAUAAAAUCCAAUUUCUGGAUAUCAUUUCAA